GUAAACAGCUUGUCUUGAAAAUAAGCUGAAGCAGCAGAUAUUGACAUGCCCAUGUUUGUCACAGUUUUGAAGCGCCAGGAAGUGGUUUUGAAUGAGCGCCAUCCAAAACACUUUGAAAGUACAUUGCAAAAUUUGGAUGUAAAGACUGAUGGUGAAAUUAUAUUUUCUAAGCUCCGACUGAGAAAAGGCAAGAUGGACAUAGGUGAUGCCCAAUAUCUCUCAGAGCUGAGGAUUGUGUUAAUGGGGCAUAAACUUGCUGGUAAGAGUUCAACAGGAAACAGCAUCCUGGGCAGAGAGGAGUUUGACUUGAAGAGAUCUGCUCAUUGUGUGAGGAGACAUGGAGAAGUAGCAGACAGACACAUCACCGUCAUUGAAGCUCCAGGAUGGUGGAUGAACGAACCUGUAGAGGAGAGUCCUGAGUUACUGAAACAGGAGAUUUUGCUCAGUGUGUCUCUGUCUCCCCCAGGACCACAUACUUUACUACUGAUCAUACGUGUGGACAUUGGAUUUAAAGAGAAUGAGAGAAAAGUAUUGCAGGGUCAUCUGGAUCUUCUAGGUGAGAGAGUCUGGAGUCACACUAUAGUGCUGUUCACCUGUGGAGACUCUCUGUUAGACACAUCUAUAGAGCAGCACAUUGAGAGUGAAGGGGAGGAUCUCCAGUGGCUGCUGGACAAAUGUGGGAACCGUUAUCUUGUUCUCAACAAUCAGAACAGGAGUGAUGACACUCAGAUCAAGCAGCUGCUGGAAAAAAUUGAGGAGACAGUGGCACAAAACAACGGCUUCCAUUUUGAAAUAGACAGAAAGAUUUUACAGGAGAUUGAAGAGAGAAGAAGAGCAGAGGAAAAGAGAGCAGAAGAACGAACUAACAGGAUGAAAAAACAGAGAAACAACAUCAGGUUUCAUGUCUGUUCCAUGUCAGAUAUUUACAUUGUGUUAAUGGGGUAUAGAGCUGCUGGUAAGAGUUCAACAGGAAACAGCAUCCUGGGCAGAGAGGAGUUUGACUCGAAGAGAUCUGCUCAGUGUGUGAGGAGACAUGGAGAAGUAGCAGACAGACACAUCACCGUCAUUGAAGCUCCAGGAUGGUGGAGGAGUUACACUGUAGAGGACAGUUCUGAGUUACUGAAACAGGAGAUUGUGCUCAGUGUGUCUCUGUGUCCUCCAGGACCACACGCUGUACUACUGAUCAUACGUGUGGACACUAGAUUUAAAGAGAUUAACCGAAAAUCAGUGCAAGGACAUAUGGAUCUUCUCGGUGAGAGAGUCUGGAGUAACACUUUAGUUCUGUUCACCUGUGGAGACUCUCUGUUAGACACAUCUAUAGAGCAGCACAUUGAGAGUGAAGGGCAGGAUCUCCAGUGGCUGCUGGACAAAUGUGGGAACAGAUAUCAUGUUCUCAACAAUCAGAAAAGGAGUGAUGACACACAGAUCAAGGAGCUGCUGGAAAAGAUUGAGGAGACAGUGGCACAAAACAACGGAUGCCAUUUUGAAAUAAACAGAAAGCUCUUACAGGAGAUUAAAGAGAGAAGAAGAGCAGAGGAAGAGAGAGCAGAAGAACGAAUGAAGAGGAUGAAAAAACAGAGAGAAAACAUCAGAUCACAGAUGAGAGAAGCCCAGUGUCUCUCAGAGCUGACGAUUGUGUUAAUGGGGCAUAAACUUGCUGGUAAGAGUUCAACAGGAAACAGCAUCCUGGGCAGAGAGGAGUUUGACUUGAAGAGAUCUGCUCAGUGUGUGAGGAGACAUGGAGAAGUAGCAGACAGACACAUCACCGUCAUUGAAGCUCCAGGAUGGUGGAGUGAUUACACUGUAGAGGAGAGACCUGAGUUACUGAAACACGAGAUUGGGCUCAGUGUGUCUCUAUGUCCUCCAGGACCACAUGCUGUACUACUGAUCAUACGUGUGGACAUUGGAUUUAAAGAGACUAACAGGAAAGCACUGCAGGGUCACCUGGAUCUUCUGGGUGAGAGAGUCUGGAGUCACACUAUAGUGCUGUUCACUCAUGGAGACUCUCUGUUAGACACAUCUAUAGAGCAGCACAUUGAGAGUGAAGGACAGGAUCUCCAGUGGCUGCUGGACAAAUGUGGGAACAGAUAUCAUGUUCUCAACAAUAAGAACAGGAGUGACGACACUCAGAUCAAGGAGCUGCUGGAGAAGAUUGACGAGACAGUGGCACAAAACAACUGGCCUGUUAGGAGGAAGAGCAGCCCUAUUAAAAUACAGGGAGCUGAUAAUAAAAUAAAAUCACAAGAGCUAAUGCAGCCAUGCAUAUAUGACGUCAGAUCACAAAAGAUCAGUGGUGCUGAAAGAUCUGAUUCAUGCUCUCUGGCAAGUUCUGGUUACGGUUUAUCUGAAGCAGACGUCAAUUCAAUUUCUGGGUCUUCACAUUCCAAAGAUACAUCUCUCAUAAGCAGAUUCAAGUCAGAGGUCCUGAAAAUAUUUAACAGCAUGGAAUGCAAACCACUACUGAUGAGUGGAGACGAGCGGUCAGAUGCAGGGUCUGUGGGAAGUUCUGCUUACGGUUCAUUCAGCUCACUAUCAGGAGCAGACGGCAGAUCAGUUUUUAGCUCAUCGCAUUCAAACGUCCCAUCUCACAGCUCAGGAUUGGGGUCUUUGCAGCCAAUUUCUCACUCUGUUAAACAUUCAAGAACCAAAAGAACACAGGAUGUGCCCAAGGAAUCAAAAUAUGAGCAUAAAGACCCUGAUUUAGACACUGAAGUGAUGGCUGAAUAAUCCUAGAAUUUUGACAUUGUUUAACUGUAACAUAUGCAAAACAUCUUAAAGUAAUAAUCAAAUGAUUCUAUAAAUAAUUGUUCUUUAUUUUAAAAACAGAACAAUAGGUCAUUUUUGGUGUUAUAAUAUCAUAAUACAUUUUCUACAGAUUGAUCUACACUAUCAUAAUUUCUCUGUAUAGUUUAUAUACAUAAUCAGUGUUUCCCAGUACUUUUCCAAAUGAAGGCUUAAAAUAAAUGUAUUUUUAUGCAGUUCAACCUGUAAUCCCUGCCAAAAAUAUUAACCAUUUAUCCUUGUCUAGAACAGAUUUUGUUAUUUUCCCUAGUUUUAAUGGAUUAAUGAUCAAACUCCACUCCGAUUAUUUGUUUCAAUUACAGCAGCCAAUGUAGUUAUUUUGCAGGCCUGUCUGAAGAUACAAGAAAAAUAGCCAUUAAAGUGCCUGUCUGCAGCUCUUGUAUACCUAGAAUCUUCAAUCCAACCUUUUGUUGUCUUUUUUGUAUGUAUUACAAAAUAUAGUGAAUUUACAAUCAUUGUAUAACUUUUAACUUGCAGGUAUCUGUAGAAGUCAGUAAGAUAAGAUGUGAUGUCUAUAUAUUAUAUCAGAAUACUUAUUUUAUAUAGUUAUUCUAAAAUAUAUGCAUUCAUUAUAUUUCUACCAAAAAUUCAUAAAGGACAUGUCACUUUUUAACUUUGUCAUGUGUUUGUUACUUUAGUUUGCAUAAGCUGAGACAU